AUGCGUGGCUACCAGCUGGACCUUUCAACGAUGCAGUGGCAUCGAGGUCCGAGCAGCGAUUUGCCAGCCCCGCGGCUUCGCUUCGGUGUGGCUCGCUGGGGCCGACAUUUGAUCAUCCACGGAGGACAUGGCAGUGUGCUCAGCACACGAAAAGGCUAUGUCGCGCGCCUAAACCUUCAUUCCUUGAAAUGGGACGACUUGAGCUUCUCCAACGAGCCGCCUGCGCUGUCACACGCCGCUUUUGAAACUGGAUCUCCGCAGGCUGGCAUUGUAGUGGGUGGGGCUCAGCAGACUCCUCGCGGACCGCGGAUACUGCAGCGGCUCGUUGUUUUCCGCUUGCGCGAUGUGGAGAUCCCAGAUGAUGGGCAGCUAGAGGAUGACACACAGCCAUCAGCGGACGAGGAAAGCGAUGCAGGUGAUGGGUUUCAGGUUCAAGUCCAUCUGCGCAACACCGAUGGCAACCACCGUGUCGUCUCCAUGCCGGCGGAACUUCUGCACAUGCUUCAACGUGAGGCUGGAACAGCCGCUGGCUUGGUGCGGUUGCUCCAAGCUGUUUUCGAGGAUCAGGUCGAGGACCGCCGAAGCUCCAGCCUGGCAGCACAAGGCUACAGCCAGGAAGCCGCGGAUCAGCAUGAACACGAGGAGCAGAGCUGA